AUGCAGGAAAGCCUCUGUGCCUCUCGCCUGCCCUUUGUGGUGGCUUUCCCUGGACGAGUGAAGCACGGAGGCUUCAGCAGCAGCCUCCUGUCCCCGACUGCCCAGACGCCUCGAGACCUCACACAACCCUGUGUGCUGGCCUGUGGGGGCCCUGGCUGGUCCGACCGUCUGGAGCAGCUGCAGCCCCUCCCUUCACCCCACGUCCUAGAGGCUGCAGUGGCGUCUGCGUUUCCUGAGGACUUCUCCAUCCUAACCACUGUGAAAGCCAAGAAAGGCAGCCAGGCCUUCCUGGUCUCCAUCUACAACGAGCAGGGCAUCCAGCAGAUCGGCCUGGAGCUGGGCCGCUCUCCAGUCUUCCUCUACGAGGACCACACAGGGAAGCCUGGGCCGGAGGAUUACCCCCUCUUCCGGGGCAUCAACCUGUCGGAUGGCAAGUGGCACAGAAUUGCUCUUAGUGUCCACAAGAAAAAUGUCACCCUGAUCCUCGACUGCAAAAAGAAGGCCACCAAAUUCCUCGAUCGCAGUGACCACCCCAUGAUAGACGUCAAUGGCAUCAUCGUGUUUGGCACCCGCAUUCUGGAUGAGGAAGUGUUUGAGGGUGACAUCCAGCAGCUGCUCUUUGUCUCGGAUCACCGGGCAGCUUAUGAUUACUGUGAGCACUACAGUCCCGACUGUGACACCGCGGUUCCUGAUGCCCCCCAGUCGCAGGACCCCAACCCAGAUGAAUAUUACCCAGAAGGAGAGGGUGAAGGUGAGACCUAUUACUAUGAAUACCCCUACUAUGAAGACCCGGAAGACCUGGGGAAGGAGCCCGCCUCCACCAAGAAGCCUGUGGAAGCUGCGAGAGAAACCACGGAGAUUCCCAAGGAGGUGACCCUGCCCGCCACGGAAGUCCCUCCCGUGCCCGAAACCAGCGAGAGACCCGGGAAGGAGGAGGACCCCGGCAUAGGCAUAGAGGACUACGACUAUGUGCCCAGCGAGGACUACUACACGCCGCCCCCUUAUGACGACCUCAACUACGGCGAGGGUGCAGAGAACCCCGACCAGCCCACCGACCCCGGCGCAGGGGCUGAAAUGCCCACCAGCUCUGUUGUCACCUCUAAUGCCUCCAACCCGGCUCCAUCUCCAGGGGAAGGGACAGAUGGCUCGGAGGGGGAGUUCGCUGAAGAAACCAUCAAGAACCUCGACGACAACUACUAUGACCCUUACUAUGACCCCACCAUCUCCCCAUCAGAGAUCGGGCCCGGCAUGCCAGCCAACCAGGACACCAUCUAUGAAGGGAUUGGAGGACCACGGGGCGAGAAAGGUCAGAAGGGAGAACCAGCGAUCAUCGAACCAGGCAUGCUCAUCGAGGGCCCACCAGGCCCGGAAGGCCCCGCUGGUCUUCCAGGACCUCCAGGGACUGUGGGUCCCACUGGCCAAGUUGGUGACCCUGGAGAAAGGGGUCCCCCUGGGCGCCCAGGCCUUCCUGGGGCUGACGGCCUGCCCGGCCCUCCAGGGACCAUGCUCAUGCUGCCUUUCCGGUUCGGAGGCGGCGGUGAUGCAGGCUCCAAAGGCCCCAUGGUCUCUGCCCAGGAGUCCCAAGCCCAGGCCAUCCUCCAGCAGGCCAGGUUGGCGUUGAGGGGACCAGCUGGCCCCAUGGGUCUUACUGGGAGACCUGGCCCCAUGGGUCCCCCUGGGAGCGGAGGUCUGAAGGGCGAGCCAGGUGACAUGGGGCCUCAGGGACCCCGAGGUGUGCAGGGCCCACCUGGUCCAGCAGGGAAGCCUGGAAGACGGGGUCGCGCUGGGAGUGACGGAGCACGAGGAAUGCCCGGACAGACCGGCCCCAAGGGUGACCGCGGUUUCGACGGCCUGGCUGGGCUGCCCGGUGAGAAGGGCCACAGAGGUGACCCCGGUCCCUCUGGCCCACCAGGACCUCCAGGAGAAGACGGAGAAAGGGGCGAUGACGGAGAAGUCGGGCCCAGGGGGCUGCCUGGAGAACCCGGGCCACGUGGCCUGCUUGGGCCGAAGGGGCCCCCGGGCCCUCCUGGACCUCCCGGUGUAACGGGUAUGGAUGGCCAAACAGGCCCGAAAGGAAAUGUAGGUCCCCAGGGAGAGCCUGGCCCCCCAGGACAGCAGGGUAAUCCAGGUGCUCAGGGUCUGCCAGGCCCCCAGGGUGCAAUCGGUCCUCCAGGAGAAAAGGGUCCCUUGGGAAAACCAGGCCUCCCAGGAAUGCCUGGAGCUGAUGGACCCCCGGGGCACCCAGGCAAAGAAGGCCCCCCAGGAGAGAAAGGAGGUCAGGGUCCACCUGGCCCCCAGGGUCCAAUUGGCUACCCAGGUCCUCGAGGAGUCAAGGGGGCCGAUGGCAUCCGAGGUCUGAAGGGCACGAAGGGUGAGAAGGGAGAAGAUGGCUUCCCUGGGUUUAAAGGCGACAUGGGCAUCAAGGGUGAUCGGGGGGAGAUCGGUCCACCCGGUCCCAGAGGAGAAGAUGGGCCCGAAGGCCCAAAGGGUCGUGGAGGUCCCAAUGGUGAUCCUGGUCCUCUGGGACCCUCUGGGGAGAAGGGAAAACUUGGAGUCCCAGGAUUACCCGGGUACCCAGGAAGACAAGGGCCAAAGGGUUCCAUUGGAUUCCCUGGAUUUCCUGGUGCCAAUGGAGAGAAAGGCGGCAGGGGCACUCCUGGGAAGCCCGGACCACGGGGGCAGCGAGGCCCCACGGGUCCGAGGGGCGAGAGAGGCCCGCGGGGCAUCACGGGGAAGCCCGGCCCCAAGGGCAACUCUGGCGGUGAUGGCCCAGCCGGGCCUCCUGGCGAACGGGGACCCAACGGACCCCAAGGACCCACCGGGUUUCCUGGACCAAAGGGCCCCCCCGGCCCCCCAGGCAAGGAUGGGCUCCCGGGACACCCUGGACAGAGAGGCGAGACUGGCUUCCAAGGCAAGACUGGCCCUCCAGGCCCCCCCGGCGUGGUCGGCCCUCAGGGUCCCACGGGAGAAACGGGUCCAAUGGGUGAGCGUGGCCACCCUGGGCCUCCCGGCCCCCCUGGUGAACAGGGGCUCCCAGGCCUUGCUGGAAAAGAAGGGACGAAGGGUGACCCAGGCCCCGCCGGCCUCCCUGGGAAAGAUGGCCCUCCAGGAUUACGUGGCUUCCCUGGGGACCGAGGGCUUCCUGGCCCAGUGGGAGCUCUUGGACUGAAGGGCAGCGAAGGCCCCCCUGGCCCACCAGGCCCUGCGGGAUCUCCGGGAGAGAGAGGUCCAGCUGGUGCUGCUGGGCCAAUUGGAAUUCCAGGGAGACCUGGGCCCCAGGGACCUCCAGGGCCUGCUGGAGAGAAGGGGGCUCCUGGCGAGAAAGGCCCUCAAGGCCCUGCUGGCCGAGAUGGUCUCCAGGGUCCUGUGGGGCUGCCUGGUCCAGCUGGCCCUGUGGGUCCCCCAGGAGAAGAUGGAGAUAAGGGAGAGAUCGGAGAGCCAGGGCAGAAGGGCAGCAAGGGGGACAAAGGCGAGCAGGGUCCCCCUGGACCUACAGGUCCUCAAGGCCCCAUCGGACAGCCAGGCCCCUCGGGAGCCGAUGGUGAGCCAGGUCCUCGUGGCCAGCAGGGCCUUUUUGGGCAGAAAGGCGAUGAAGGUCCACGAGGUUUUCCUGGGCCCCCCGGGCCAGUGGGGCUGCAGGGUCUGCCGGGACCUCCGGGUGAAAAGGGCGAGACAGGAGAUGUGGGCCAGAUGGGCCCUCCUGGUCCCCCUGGCCCCCGAGGACCCUCUGGAGCUCCAGGUGCUGAUGGGCCACAAGGUCCUCCAGGUGGAAUAGGAAAUCCUGGUGCUGUGGGAGAGAAGGGGGAGCCUGGCGAGGCUGGUGAGCCUGGCCUUCCGGGAGAAGGAGGUCCCCUGGGACCCAAAGGAGAAAGGGGAGAGAAGGGCGAGUCAGGCCCUUCUGGUGCUGCAGGACCCCCUGGACCCAAAGGCCCUCCCGGAGACGACGGUCCCAAAGGCAGCCCGGGCCCAGUGGGUUUUCCUGGAGAUCCUGGACCCCCCGGAGAGCCUGGCCCUGCGGGUCAAGAUGGUCCCCCCGGCGACAAAGGAGACGACGGUGAGCCCGGGCAGACGGGAUCCCCGGGCCCUACUGGUGAACCAGGGCCAUCCGGGCCUCCGGGAAAAAGGGGUCCCCCGGGCCCCGCAGGCCCAGAAGGCAGACAGGGAGAGAAAGGAGCCAAGGGAGAAGCUGGCUUGGAAGGCCCUCCUGGGAAGACUGGCCCCAUCGGCCCCCAGGGGGCCCCUGGGAAGCCCGGGCCUGAUGGUCUGCGAGGGAUCCCCGGUCCUGUGGGUGAACAAGGUCUCCCAGGAUCCCCAGGCCCAGAUGGUCCCCCCGGCCCCAUGGGUCCCCCAGGACUCCCCGGCCUCAAAGGAGAUUCUGGCCCCAAAGGCGAAAAGGGUCAUCCUGGCCUGAUUGGCCUCAUUGGACCUCCGGGUGAACAGGGUGAAAAGGGCGAUCGUGGUCUCCCCGGCCCCCAGGGCUCGUCCGGUCCUAAGGGAGAGCAGGGCAUCACUGGUCCUUCUGGCCCGAUAGGGCCGCCUGGGCCCCCUGGCUUGCCGGGACCACCGGGUCCAAAAGGUGCUAAGGGCUCCUCGGGUCCAACUGGCCCAAAGGGUGAGGCAGGCCACCCAGGACCCCCUGGCCCGCCGGGCCCCCCCGGCGAGGUCAUCCAGCCCCUGCCGAUCCAGGCAUCUAGGACUCGGCGGAACAUAGAUGCCAGCCAGCUGCUGGACGACGGGAACGGCGAAAACUACAUGGACUACGCGGACGGCAUGGAGGAGAUCUUCGGUUCCCUCAACUCCCUGAAGCUGGAGAUCGAGCAGAUGAAGCGGCCCCUGGGCACGCCGCAGAACCCUGCCCGCACCUGCAAGGACCUGCAGCUCUGCCACCCCGACUUCCCCGAUGGUGAAUAUUGGGUAGAUCCUAACCAAGGAUGUUCCAGGGAUUCUUUCAAAGUUUACUGCAACUUCACGGCUGGAGGGUCGACGUGUGUCUUUCCUGACAAGAAGUCUGAGGGGAGUAAAAUGGCCCGCUGGCCCAAAGAGCAGCCCUCCACCUGGUAUAGUCAGUUCAAGCGAGGGUCGCUGCUCUCCUACGUGGAUGCCGAGGGUAACCCCGUGGGCGUGGUGCAGAUGACCUUCCUGCGGCUGCUGAGCGCCUCUGCCCACCAGAAUGUCACCUAUAACUGCUACCAGUCAGUGGCCUGGCAGGACGCCACCACGGGCAGCUAUGACAAGGCCAUCCGCUUCCUGGGAUCCAACGACGAGGAGAUGUCCUAUGACAACAACCCCUACAUCCGUGCCCUUGUGGACGGCUGCGCUACCAAGAAAGGCUAUCAGAAGACAGUGCUGGAGAUCGACACCCCCAAAGUGGAGCAGGUGCCCAUUGUCGACAUCAUGUUCAAUGACUUCGGUGAAGCAUCACAGAAAUUUGGAUUUGAAGUGGGGCCGGCUUGCUUCAUGGGUUAGGAGCUGCCGAGCCCCGGUCUCCGGAGAGCAACCUCGUGACCUCAGCACGCCCUUUGUGAGUGUCCUGUGCACGUUCCGAUCCUGGACAGUGAAGGUUUCUCGCUCCCCUCCCUCCCGACUUCAUCUGUGCCCCAGCACCACGUGGCGCGGGACCCCAAGCCCAGAGACAGAAGAAAGGGAAGGAGCCGCCGAGUCCCCGCCCUGGAGCCGAAUCACAUGACCUAGCCCACCACAGCCUCUCGGCCACGCCCCACAUCUGUCUACACCCCACGCCACAGGGGAGGGAGUGUGCAAUGCUUCUGGCUGCCCAACCUGUGUGUUCACCAAUAGUUUGCAGGGGGUGGGGGCUGCAAUAUUGGGAUAUCACUUUUUAAAAAAAUUCAACUCGAAGAUGUGUAUUUCCCCUGACCUUCAAAAAAUGUUCUGAGGCAAACCCUGUAAAGGUCAUACCACCGUGGCCAAAGCCUCCGUCUUUAACAACCCUCAACACGAUCCAUUUAGAGGCCAAAUGUCAUUUUGCAUGUGCCUUUCCGAUGGAUUAAAGGUGCUUAUGUUUUUGUGAGUUUUAAGUAAAUAUUUGUAAUGUAUUGUUAUAAAUGUUAAGUGUGCCUGACUUUCAACCAUGCAUGGAAAGCCAGCCUCACUGCCACUGGGAGAGUGGGCAGAUGGGGCGAGGUAUUGAUUCUGGGUUGCUAUCCAAUUCCGAUCAGAAAUUGGAAGUCUCCCCAACCCCACCCCAGCAAGAUCGUGCAAUAAAUUGGAAAUUUGCCCAGCUCAUCAAGAAUUCAUGCUGCCCGUGAAAAAGCAGGUGCCAGUCCUCCUUUUCAGAGAAUACUUUGAUUAGCUCUGGAUUUUUUUUUUUUUUUUUUUUUAUGGGGAGGAGAAAAUAAGUUGAUACUUUUCCUUUUCUACAUGCACUUAGAUUAAAACACAGGCUUAAAUUUAUUUUAAUUGCUUCCUUUUUUUCCAUUUUUCUUCCUGCAGAGCUUGAUGGGAGAAUGUCCAGGGCAGGGAAACCACAUUUUCUGUAGAUGAUAAUUAAAUGAAAAUUGGUGCUUAUUUUUUACACUUCUCUUUUGUGGUGCUAUCUGUUUUAAGAUCUCCUUGAAGGCAACACUGGGGGUACCCGGCCGAGCCCCAUUCUCCCAGCUUCCUUUAUUCUGGGUAUUGCCUCCACAGUCCGAGUUUUUGCCAAGGACGUGAGGAUAAAUGGGCGUCCCCUUCCUCCGCACUGGGCACGGGAGCCAAGCGCACAUGCUCCUGUGCUCUCCCAUCGUGGUGAGUGCGCUCCUGAGGCCCGAACAAGUAUUGGGUUGUGCUUAUUUGGUUUGAAAACACACACACGUGAAAUAAAGACUCUUCCUGCACUGUACAUGGUGUAAUCAUAGCAGAUUGUAUUCGAUCGCCGAAUGUUUGUGGUGCUAACUUCUGUGUUUAAUUCAAGAACUGCAUGGAAGCCGUUCCGCUGUCCCACGCCUGUCUCUGCAGGCUGCUUUUGCUGCGGCAGACAGAGAAAGGUGCAGUUAACUCUGUGAGUCUCUCCAGGGCCACCAGCGGUGCUUUCCCAUGUGAGCGAGGUGGAUUUCCAUCCGCACGUGUCCUGGAUGCGGGUUUCAGCCGCUCCCGUGCUCGGGGCUGGUAAGGUUGCCUCUGGGUGUCCUUCCUCCUCCUCGCUGUUGAAGGCAAGGGGGCUGCUUUCUGUGGGCAGGAGGACCCGAGGGACCAGCAAGGAAAGGCAGUCCCUUUACUGUGAAAAGUGGCCCUGGUGUGAUGUCCUUUCCUUCCACUGUGGGGAAAGUGAGUCGGGCCCCCUGGGAGCGAGCUGUCCCAGCUCUGGUGCUGUCCCCCCACCCCACCCCAUCGGAAUGUGGUUCCAGCUUAGGAAACCACAGCAGAGCGACCCAGGAGUAACAACACCACCAACACCAAAUUCCCAAGUUUCCCUGGAAAACAAGUCUUGUUCUCAUUCUCUUGCCAAAGAAAAAAAGUCUGGCUUGGAGAUUCUCUAGAAUGCAGGAUGCCAGCGUGCACCAAUGACCGUCACCUCCAUCUCUUCAAAAGAAAAGCCAUAUCCAGGAUUGUCAUGUGAUGCCCAUGGAUUUCGUCUAGGUCAUGUGAUUCUGUUCUGAUUUCUCGCCCCCCUCCCAUUUGUCCUUUUAUUCUGUUGUUUUCUUCCUCUGUUGGUCCCUUCAAAGUUGUUAUAAUUUGUACUGAAUUUCGAAACGUGUCCCGUUCUCCCCAGACCACUUUAGCUACGGUAUAUUGCAAUAAAAUUACUUCUUAUAUUUGCAGAAAUUCUUUUGGCGUAAUUCUGUUUUUUCCUCCCUAUAUAAAAUUGGAACAAUGUUGGUGAAAAGAAAAAAUGGUAAACAGGAAACCAAUGAUAAAGAUCCUAGGACAUUAGGCCCCUUAAAAUAUAAUGUCAAAUGACACUUGGUACAUUUCCUAAAAACCCAGUAGACAUGUCAUAAGCUUUGACUGUAAUGCCCAGGGAAGGUUGUUUUCAAAUAUUUCAAACCUGUGUGACAAAGGAAUGACUGUAAUACUUUUUCAAUAAAUCGAGUUGACUGUCUCCACCGUCAA